AUGAAGUCCAAUCGAUUGAUCGUAGGCCUGGACUACGGGACUACAUAUACGGGUGUCUCUUUCUGCGAAACCUCUGACAACGGCACUGGUGACGAGCACAUAGAGGUCAUUCAUGAUUGGCCGUCUCAGCAUACCAAGAUCGGCACCAAAGAGAAAGUACCGAGCGAGGUGACAUACCAGAAGCAAGGCUUGCUAUGGGGUGCCCUUAUACCUUCUAAUGUUCAGCGCCAUAUGUGGACGAAGCUUCAACUGGAUCCAGUUAACAAAGGAGAAUUAGUCAAGAUCGUUAGGGAAGUCUCGACAUCUACGGAGAAUACAAACAAGCUGCCCGUUGAGAUCAUCGCGGACUUUCUUUCGCAGAUUAAGGCACACCUUAUCAAAAAUCUGGAUCAGAAAUACGGUAAGGUGCUGUGGAGGGGCCUUGCCAUCACCUUGGUGGUCACCGUUCCUGCAGUUUGGACAGACGUCGCCAAAGCCCGCACACUCGAGGCCGUCGCUAAGGCUGGGUUCAACACACCCGAGUUCCCGCAACUGAAGAACAUCAUUAUGACUACUGAGCCUGAGGCGGCUGCAAUCUAUACCACGAAAAUUCUACGAGGAACUACCCAAAAUAGAAAAUUUGCUGUCGGUGACGGCUUCAUCAUUUGUGAUAUGGGAGGUGGUACUGUUGACUUGAUUUCCUACAGGGUCGCUGGACUCAAUCCAACAGUCAUAGAGGAAGCAACUACAGGUACCGGUGACCAAUGCGGAGGCAGUUUCGUCGACCGAGCAUUUUUCAAGUGGCUUGAGCGCCGCUUGGGUACCAAAGACUUCGUGGAGAUCGUCGGGUGCCGAAGUGAGGACGUUCCGCAUACUUCUCUCUCGAAAAAGGCAGCUAGAUUGCUUCAAGACUUCACACUCGAGGCGAAGAGUGGCUUCUCGGGAACAGAGACGAACUACCUUCGCUUACCAGCUCCCCUAUCUGCUAUCGAAGAAGAUGCUGCGAGAGGUAUAUGCGACGGCGACAUCAUGAUCACUCCAGAGGACAUGAUUGAGAUCUUCGAGAUGUGCGUCCGCCGCGCCUAUGAACUCUUGGGUGAACAGUUGGAACAGUUGCGAACAAACAAGAAGGUCAAGGUGAAGUACGUCUUCAUGGUGGGCGGCUUCUCCGAAAGUCCAUACAUGUACGAGAAGAUCAAAACCUUCGCCGCCAGCUGCAACGGCUUAGAGACGUUCAAACCAAACUAUGCAUGGUCUGCUGUAGUACGAGGCGCAGCCGCGAAAGGUUUAGAAGGAGAGAAGAGAAACACGAUCAAGACACGCAAAUGCCGCCGGUUCUAUGGCACCAGCUAUAGCGCCGAGUUCUUGGCACGCAAACACAAGGAAUCCGACUCAUACAUCGACUCCUAUGAUGGUAUCAAGAGAGUGAGCAAUCAGAUGUCAUGGCUGCUCACCACAGGUCAAGAUCUACCGACAUCCAAGGAAAUUCAUGCCAAGGGGAGGUUCACCGCAGACUUCUGGGCAAGAGAGAAGCGAGAGACUGAAUUGAUUCUUUUCGCUUCGGAUUCACCGACGGCUCCAGCACGUUCAGACGACAAGGCAAGUCAUAAGUUCAAGGCUGCUAAAAGCCCCGUGGGUGAGCCGUACCAUAGCUUGAGCUAUGAUGUCGCCAUCUCGGUACAGUCGUCUCUGCAGUACUCUUUGUUGGUCAACGGCAAGACUUACGGCUCGGUGACUGCGAAGUAUGAUUGA